CCCAAAUCGCCUCCGUCUUCCAUCUCGUUCUCCUUCUCGAGCUCCACGCCGACCUGCCAUUCCCGGACAUUCCUCCUGCUGGGUCUAAUUUCGAGGCUUUUGCUCCUUCGCCGACAUGGCCCAUCGCAUCGUUACUCAAGUUGUCGUGACCGGUGCCCGAGUCUUCGGGCGGGCGUUCGCCGAGGCCUACAAGCAGGCCUCCGCCGCGUCGAAGCAGGGCAAAGGCGCCGCGGGCGGAAAGUCGGCGGGCUUCACCUCGUCGGGUCUGACGCUGGACGAGGCAUGCAAGAUCCUCAACGUGAAACCUCCGCAGGGAGGUGAGGCAAACCUGGAGCAGGUGAUGGAGAGGUUCAAGAAAUUGUUCGAUCUCAACGACCCCCAGAAGGGCGGUAGCUUCUACCUGCAAAGCAAGAUUCUCCGGGCCCGCGAAAGGAUAGAGAUGGAAGUCCGACAAGCCGAGCGAAAGGUGGCCCACGACAAGGAACUACAAGAGGGUUGGAAGCCCAAGGUGUAUAAGGACCGGUGAUCUGCUUCGCGCCUCUGAUGCACUCCUCCCCGCGACGUUUGAAGUCCGAUGCAACCCCGGAGUCCAGCCGAUUUCGAAGCCUCAGCGCGCCGAGCGCACCCGGGACGGACAUGGCCAAGUCGCGGGUCCUUUGUCCCCUCGGCAUUCUUGAUUUGCAGCAUAGCAUGGCGUUUUUGGUGAUUCCAAGAUCUGGGUUGGCGAGAAGUCUAGAUUCCCAUUAUUCUUACCCUCGAUUCUUGCGCGGGAAAGACUUGGCCGUUCACGCGGCCUGCUUCGAUUCCUGCAAUUUCUCCGCUCUUACAUUCUGAAAGAUUAGGGUUGACUCAUGUAUUAUAAAUAAAUGUCCCGUGUAUAUUCUGGAUCCAAUGAACAAGAAAUUUGAAGGCG